CAUGCGCAAUUCACUAUGACUGCAUGUGAGAGGGACAGAGAGGGAGAGAACGAGAGAGAGAAAAAGAGCAAGAUAGGGAACGCACAGUUCUGUUGCACCACUCCUAGAGAGCCUGGAGAUGCUUUCACACUGUCUGUCUCUUGUUCCAGCUCAGGGCUUCUGCAGGGACACACAUGCACAAAUGAGCACAGAGCUACACACAAACACACACUACAGACGUGUCGUCACUGCCACUCCUGGCAGCUGGUGAUAUAUGGGAGUGGGAGCUCUAAGGAGGAGAAAGAGAGGUGGAAACGGAUACCGUUAAGUCACUACCCUGUCUGCCCUAUUCCCCUGCAGCUGAAGCAGGAGGCCCAGCCAUUGAACCUGGCCUAUCAUGCAGCCCACCAUGUGAAACGCUGCCGCCUCCUAGAGGACAACAUCAGAGCUCUUAAUCUAGAGCUAGCCACUCUCAGACAGCAGAAACAGCAGCACCAAUCCCUGGAGUCAGAGGUCAAUGACUGCAGGAAAAGGUGUCAGAUCCUUGAGAGAGAAGUGAAGAACAAGACAUUAGAAUGUGAGACUUUGAAGAAUGAGCUUCAGGAUGCUUUGCUCGAAAGAAAAAGGCUCAAUCGUGAGCUGCUUAGUCACAUCCUGAGGGCCACAAAGUAUGAGAAGGUGAUUAGUUGCGUUUCUCUGAGCUCUGCCAGCAUCAUGAGUCAAUACUAUGAUCGGCUCAGAAAGGCUUUUGGUUGUGUGAGUCAAGAGAAAGACUCUGCCAGGCAGGAGAAGGCUCAGCUCCAAGACAAACUGGAGAACCUUGAGCAGGUCCUGAAGCAUAUGCGAGAGGCUGCCGAUCGGCGGCACCAACUGGAGGCAGAGCAUGAGCAGGCCUUGGCUUUCCUCAACUCCAGACAGCAGGAGAUCACCCUUCUGCAGAAGGUUCAGGCUGAAGCUGGUGAAGAAGUGGUGCAUCUGCUAGAGGUCAAGGUUCAUGACUUUGAGCAUAAAUGCCGGACAUGGAGUGAGCAGUGCAAUAUUUUGUCAAAAGAGCUGGGGAAAUAUCACCUGGGUUCAGAUGCAGAGGAGACAUUAAACACUGACUCACAGAAGAAAAACUUGUGCAACAGUUACAACAGCCUGCAGCGCAAGGCUGAAAAAAGUGAUGAGAGAUCUGACGGAUCUCCACUGGUCUCAGAACUGCCCAUAGUACAGCAACACAAGAGAGAAAAGCCAGAGCAGCUAUCGGUCAAACCCACCAUCCAAACCCAGAGUCGCUCCAGUAGCCCCAUGCAAGCAUCCCUCUCAGAGAUGGAGAAUGAGGUGAGCCCAGCUCCGAGAUCCAAGACAAGAUACACAGGCCAGGUCCGCCUCUGCACUGCCCGAUACAGUUAUAAUCCCUAUGAUGGACCUAAUGAGCAUCCAGAAGCAGAGCUUCCUCUUGUGGCAGGGAAGUAUUUGUAUGUAUAUGGGGACAUGGACGAUGAUGGAUUUUAUGAAGGAGAGCUGUUGGAUGGCCAGCGUGGCCUGGUUCCCUCAAAUUUUGUGGAGUUUGUCCAGGACAAGGAAAAGCCAUCUAUCGAGGGUGGAGAGGAGCAGGGCAGGCUGGAGCAGAGCUGUCUGAGCCUGAUGACCAUAGAUGGAGGUGCUCAUCUGGACAGCCUUAGCAGUAACGCCCUCGCCAACUGCACCAAUGGGACAGGCGCAUUGGAUGGAGAGGAGCUGGGCGACGACAUUGUGCCUUACCCCAGGAAGAUCAACCUGAUCAAACAGCUGGCAAGAAGUGUGAUAGUGGCCUGGGAAGCACCUCUAGUGCCCCUUGGCUGGGGCAACAUCAACGGCUACAAUAUUUUAGUGGAUGGGGAAGUACGUUCCUCUGUGCCAUUUGGAGGCAGGACCAAACUGCUUCUCGAGAAGCUGGACCUGGCUUCCUGCACAUACCGUGUGUCGGUGCAGAGUGUGACGGACAGGGGGCUCUCAAAUGAGUUGCGCUGCACUUUGCUGGUGGGCUGCAAUGUUGUGGUAGCACCAACCGGCCUGCGCAUGGAUGAUAUUUUACGUGACUCCGCCGAACUUUCGUGGCUUCCCAGUAAUAGUAACUAUGCCCAUGUCGUGUACUUAGAUGGUGUGGAGCAUGCUGUGGUGAAGCCGUGCUCUUACAAACUGCGUUUUGUGAACCUGAAAGCUGCCACAGUGUACAAGGUAAAAGUGUUGGCCAAACCUCACCAGGUGCCCUGGCACAUGCCCCUGGAACAGAGAGAGAAGAGAGAGGCUGGGGUGGAGUUCUGCACCCAAGCUGCAGGACCCCCUCUGCCUCCUCAAGAAGUCCAGGUCCAGUGUGGACAAGCCCCAGGGGUCCUCCAAGUCCGUUGGAAGCCCCCUCCAAUGACAACCAUGGGAACCUCCAAUGGUGCAUAUGUCAUUGGCUACGCAGUGUGCACAAAGGGUCAGAGGAUCGCUGAGGUAAUGUAUCCACUGGCAGACUAUGUGGCAGUAGAACUGAACCGUCUCCAGUGCUUGGAGGCCCAUGAGGUUAUUGUCAAGACUUUAUCAGCACAAGGGGAAUCUCAAGACUCCCAUGCUGCCAUCAUUCCAAACCACCUGCUGGUGCCUCUUCCUAAAACCCUCCCUCCUUCUCACCACAUGCCCCAGCAGUCCCAACCAAUGCCUCCUCAUCCCCAAAUCCACACCCUUCCACCUCACCCUGGACCCCAACCACCCACCCAUCUCCAAACCCUUCCCAUUCACCCCAACCAGCCCCCAUCUCAUCUCCAUCCCCACCGUGUUCCCCAUCCCACACAGCCCUCUCCACCCCACCUCCAGCCUUUACCAACGCACCCAAUUCCAAUGCCUCAGCCUCAGUCGUCCAUGCCAAUGACCCAACCCCCACCCCAGCCACCCAUGCCUAUGCCUCAACCCCAACAACCCAUGCCCCAACCCCAGCCGGCCAUCCCCAUGCUCCAACCCCAGCCUACUAUCCCGAUGCCCCAGCCUCACAUUCCCCAUCUAGCCCUUCCACAAUCCCAAAGACCACUAAGUGCUAGAGAGCUGGAAACCAAAGAGCAAGGGCCAGGAAUGCUUCAUCAUGGUGGGGGCCCACCUCAGCCAUGGGAGCCUGGCUGCUCUCCAUCUGGCCUGCAUACUGGCUUGCCACACGGACACACCCUGGAUGCCCCGGCCUGCCCAAAUCGCCGCUCCCCAUCACCUCAAAGGAUCCUCCCCCAGCCCAGGGGUACGCUCAUUCCUGACACUGUAGCCAAGGCUAUUGCCCGAGAGGCAGCCCAAAGAGUGGCUGCAGAGAGUGGACGGAUCGAGAGGAGAAGCCAGGGCUUUCACUCUCAAAAUUCAGAUGAGGAAGAGGAUGAGGAUGAGGAAAGCUAUCAGGCCCGCAGAAGAGGAGCAUCUAUGGAUGACUUCCUCAGGGGCUCAGAGCUGGGCAGGCAGUCUCAUUACAGUCACAGCGAAGAGUAUCAUACAGACAGCAGUCGAGGAUCGGACCUCUCAGACAUCAUGGAAGAGGACGAGGAGGAGUUGUAUUAUGAAAUGCAGCAUGAAGAACGCAGGCGACGAAACUCCCACAACGCACCCAAGACCAGAGCCAGCACUCCAUCUUCGAGUCAGCUGGAUCGGGAAUCAUAUCGGAAGCCAUCUCACCGAGAUCCUCAACCUCAGCGCCAACCCCUCACGGUCCCAUCCAUUGGUCAGUGCUCUCCCAAUGGAUACCGGGACCGAAGCUGCCGCUCUCCCCCAUACUAUGAUGAGUCUGAGCAGGAGGAUCUGUUUCGAAUCUUUGUAGCGCUCUUCGACUAUGACCCUCUCUCCAUGUCCCCUAACCCUGAUGCAGCUGACGAGGAGCUCCCAUUUAAAGAGGGACAUAUAAUCAAGGUGUAUGGGGAUAAGGAUAAUGACGGCUUUUAUCGUGGGGAGAUCCGGGGCAGGUCUGGACUUAUUCCCUGUAACAUGGUGUCAGAAAUCUGUGCUGAAGAUGAUGAAACCAUGGAGCAGCUCAUGAAACAGGGAUUCCUCCCACUCAACACUCCUGUAGACAGAAUAGAACAAAAUAGGAGAGGUCGCCACCCAGUGGCCACAAGAAGAAUGGUUGCCCUGUACGACUAUGACCCCAGAGAGAGCUCCCCAAACGUGGAUGUUGAGGCUGAACUGACAUUCUGUGCUGGCGAUAUCCUUGCUGUUUUUGGGGAUAUAGAUGAAGACGGCUUCUAUUAUGGUGAGCUUAAUGGACAUCGGGGCUUGGUUCCAUCCAAUUUUCUUGAAGAAGUGCCUGAUGAUGUGGAGGUCUAUCUGACGGAUACUCCCUCUCACCAUGGCCAGGACGAGCCCAAUCCAGUACUGGCACCUCGUCCAGAUACCAAACGGGUGCCUGUGGAUAGUACAGAGCCAGCUCCGGCCCCUGGAAGACCCGCCUCUCCCACUGUGCGUCCUUUGCUUCCUGUUGGCCCAGUCAAGCCGCUGAGCCCUGCCAGGGGUCCAAGAGACCUGGCAUCUAAAAAGAAAAAAGGACUGCUCUCUAAGGGGAAGAAACUGCUCAAAAAGUUCUCAAAGUAAAAGUAUGAGUUUGAUUUGAAAUUCAUAUGACAACAACAGAAUAUGAUUUCUCUGUUAAAAAGAAUUUCAGAAAAGUCUUCAGUGAGAAGACAAAAAAAAAAAUGAAUCUAAACAGCUUUCACAUUAACAUGCCACGUAUAUAUCAUGAAACAGAUCUAAUAUCCAGUUGAAAAGGAAUGACAUAUAUAGCGAUGUCACUCAUGUUUCAGUGAGCUUGCUAAUUGGCUGUCAUAAAGAAAGCAUCUAUUCAUACUGUGAGGUAGAGGACAAAGAGACAUUAUUAAUAUUUAAGGAAUUUCUUUUAAUUAUAAUUUCCAUAUAUGAAGUCAAAGUGCUGGAUUUUGAAUGAAAUAUUCAAUCUCAUGGAUUUUAAAGUUUGGUAUAGCACUUGGUGUUAAAAACAGUUCAAUAAGCACUUCAGAUAUGGUCUGACAUUGUCAGUCAAGUGUAAAAACAGAUAUAAACCACCAGACCAUAUUAAGUGCAUUAGUCCGAAACACAAAAAGGACCACGAAAUAUAUAUAUAUAUAUAUAUAUAUAUAUAUAUAUAUAUAUAUAUAUAUAUGCAUAGAAAGAUGGGCAUGGUGCAAAAUGGCAUAACUUACUAGGACAGUCUAUGAGCAAAUCCUUUUAAACAUUGCUGUGGCCUUUAUCUAAACUCAGUAAGUACAGUAUGUUACCUACAUCUGAUGUCUCCAUACAUCAGUCUUUGUCAAGUAUCCUCCUUUUUUGCUUGCUCCUUUUCCAGUGUCUAUCACGAGAAUGACUGAAGUUAUAAAAAUACAAUGGAAAGUUUCUGUGUUUGCUUUUCAAUGCACAGUUGGUGUGUGUUUUGGUGAAUGACUUGUGUGGGUGUGUGUCUCCCCCCUCUGCAUCCAUGUUUGUGCCACCCCUUCACACUGAAAAGGGACAAAUCUUGUUAUAAACCUUUGUGAAAAUGUGACAUGCUGCUAAUUACAAGUUGUCUCCUGUUCCUUUCUAAAGUCUAUAAAGGUGGUGUGGUCUUCAAAAGAAGAAAUAUUUAAGCAAAAAUGGUGUCUUGGCGUCUCCUCAAAUUUCACAUUCUAUGGGCCGAUUUACACAGAAUGCAUUUUUGUGACAUAUUUUCUCACUGUUCUCGUUUUGUUUUUAAAAAGUUACAUUAGGUUAAAAUAGUUUAACAACACGCAUAUAAAAACACUCAAUUCUUUGCCAUUCCAUUUUAAAUGCAAGAAUGUGUUCUGUGUAAAUAGAAUAUUAUUAAAUAGAAAUUAUGUUAUUAUUUAGGAUGCCCACCCUCACUUCAUUCCAAAACUGUAUGACUUUCUUUCUUUUGUCGAAUGUAAAAGAAUAUAUUUCGAGAAUCUCUCUCUCACUCUCUCUCCUUGGUCCAUACAAUGGAAAACUGUACAGAAGCAUAGGCAUAACUUCUUUUGUUUCACUGAAGAAAGUCCUGUCAUACAUGUUAUAACAACAUAAGGGUGGAACUUUCAUUUUUGGGUGAACCAUCCUUUUGACACUUGUUUAAACAAAUGGGUCAUGGCUGUUUAUGAGAACAUUGUUUAUAGGCAUAAAUGACAUAUCCUUGCUGCUGUGAUCAUAGGCUGUUUUUCCUGGAGUCUUUGCUUGCUAUGGUAGAAUCAAACUCCUUGUGAUAGUCUGUUUGCUGAGAACCUUAUUAUACAUAGUCUCAGCUACCAAAAUACAGGUUAAGUAAUACCCUCAGGCAAAAUUACCUAUGAUAGCUCAGUUGUCUCAAGCUAUAAUCUAGCUGUUUACAUUAAGGGCAAAAUCUCUUGCAUUAAACACAACACACAUUGCCCUCACAACUUGAAAUGCAUCUGGUGGCAUCUUACAAUAAUAUGCCGAGUUGGAUUUAGAUUGCACUCUUGAAUGGUCUGAUCCAGGGUAAAUACUGUGUGUUUGACUUUUUCUUUAGUCUAUAAAAAAUAUGAUCUUAAAAGUAUUCUAUAUUUAAGCGUUUUAGUAAAAAAAAAAUAUAUGACAUUCAUUUAGGGUGAAUGGAGUUUAUUUCUUGUAGAAGAAAAAAAUGAAAGAGAAAGGUUGGAUAGCCAAAAAGGAAUGUAUGAAAUGUUCAGCUGCCUGUAUAGCUUGCAACAUCAUUUUGCCAAAAAAAAAAUAUAUAUACAAGAGAUUACAUAUAUUUUCAUUUAAAAGAAAUCUCUAUCUCUUUUAUCAUGAAUCCCGAGUGUUCGUUUGUGACUGGACGUUAUAAGUGUUCAUUUCUUGGUUACUCUUUUGUACUCCAUUUAUAGAUAAUUUAUAAAUGUUUAUACUUAAUUUACAGAUUUUCUGACUUUUUUAGUGCUUUAAGAUUUAAUAUUUAACAGUGUAAUUGUUUUCCAUGGUGUCUUCAAGAAAAGAUGCUCAAGUCUGCAAUUCUGUGCUUGCUCUGCGAAUUAAAAAGAAAAGUUAACUUACUGGUCUAUAUUUACUGAUAUGGACGAUUGUGUGACUGUGCAUGUGUAUAACUGUGUAAAAUAUACAUUUUCUAUGAAAAUAAAUGUGAUAUUUUUCAA